AUGUCUUCCGGCCUCAUCUUCAUUACCGGCGCUACCGGCUUCAUCGGUAGUGCCGUCGCCCUCGAAGCCCUCAAGGCAGGAUACCGGCUGCGGAUCAGUGUGCGCAAGGAGUCCCAGGUCCCCCAACUCAAGAAGCUUUUUGCACAGUACGAAGAUAAGAUCGAAUUCGUCGUCGUCCCCGAGAUCACGCAGGAGUCGUCGUUCGCAGGCAAGUUGGACGGCGUCGACUAUGUCCUCCACCUGGCCUCGCCUCUUCCCCACGGGGUCGACAAGGAGACCUACUUCGGACCAGCGGUGGAUGGAACCACGGCGGUCCUGAAGGAAGCGGCCAAGGUCAAGAGCAUCAAGAGAGUCGUGAUCACUUCGUCGAUUGCGGCGCUGAUUCCGAUCACGGGGGCUCCAGACGGCGGCGUCAUUCGAGAGAACAAUGGCUGGGACCUCAGCGUCGACGCCAGCGCCGAUUUCACCGGGCCCAGCCCCGCCGCCACCGCGUUCAAACUCUACCACGCGUCCAAGCUGCUCGCCAACAACGCCAGCUGGGACUUCAAGAAGACCGAAAACCCACACUUCUCGCUCGUGACGCUGCACCCGGCCUUCGUAUACGGACACAACCACACCCAGACGAGGGCGGAGGAUAUCGGCGGCACAAACGGCAUGCUCUUCGGCACGAUCAUGACCGGCACGCCGAGCGGCAACAUCACGGCGGUCCACGUCCAGGACGUGGCCGAGGCCCAGAUCAAGGCGCUGAACGACGCGGUCCCGGACGGCUCGCGGUUCCUGCUGGCGGGGCCCAAGGCCUCGUGGAGCGAUGUGGCGCGGAUCGUGAAGAGAGACUACCCCAGCCUCGGGGCGAAGAUUGCGGAGGGCAUCCCCGGCGCGUCGUAUGCCUUGGACACCAGCGAGGCGGAGAAGGUGCUCGGGAUGAAGUGGAGGUCGCUGGACCAGAUGGUCAAGGAUGUGGUGGAGCAGCAGGUGGGACUGCGCAAGGCCAACAUUUGA